AUGGCUUCUCUAGUUUUGCUCUCCAAAGUGCCUGAGAUCCUUUUCCAAAUUAUCAACCACCUUUCUCGAAAAGACGUAUUAUCUCUUUUGCAAACGUGUCGAGCACUUUACCCGGCCUGCUACCGAAAUAUUUGGUCUAGUGUCGUUUUCAAUACCAACACGAACGACGACGAUAGCUAUAAGCUAAUUCAGCAAGCAAGAAUUAUAAAAAAAUAUAUACAAAAUGCGACGGCUUUCAGAUUCACGAGAACGCUUGUACUAGGUCCUCCGGUCUUUACUUUAGACCUGACAGAUUAUAUAUAUGACUAUGUAUUGUCCUUCGAGCUAGACCCUGGGUCAAAGAAUUAUGUAGACCUCCCCGAGGUUCUGCAGGAGCUUGUGGAGAGUAAUGGUUUGGACCUUCGUAGAAUCGUGAUUGAUCUAACAGAUGCCGGGUCUUCGCCAUGUCUUAAAAUUGCCCAGGAAGACUUAUUAUGCAGUUUGAAAACCUACGCCCAAUCAAGUCCCCCGGGAGAGUUCCGGACCGAGGUUUACGGAGGAACUAUCCGACGACUUCCAAAGUUCUUUCACCUGGAAUCAAUCACCAGGUUAGAGAUGGGUGUUGAGGGACACGGUAGGGAAAAGUGGCCACCUGGUGAUACAAAGUACAUCGGUGAACUUAAAGACCGGAUUGGCAUCGAAAUGUCAAGGUUGGCUUCCUUGUUAUCUGAACUUCCAAAUCUUGAGGUUUUCUCGUGGAGGGAUCCAAAUGACAUGAUACUCACCGUCGGAUGUUUUCCAAUAACUAUGCUUCCCGAAGAGCCAUUCUCCAGCUUCCCCGAAGAGCGGAAGAAACUUCAGAUUGCCUUUUUGGGUAUGCGAAAGCUGGUUGAAUUGAAGUUUUACAAUCUUUUCUUCGAUCCGUCCUUUUUCGUCAUCCCGCCUGAAAGCACUCGGAAACUAGUCAUCGGCAUCGAAAUGUCAGAUGAUUGGUGGCGACAAUUCGCAAAGUGUCAGAUGCCUUCGAUUAGAGAGCUAGAAAUCGAUAUAGUCCACCCUCAGUCGCAUCUACAUCCGCUAAGUUCCGAUUUCACAAUUGAAGAUGUCAGUGUCACAGGAUUGGAAAAGGUCUCUGUAAUUUGUGGCGACGAAUUUAUCCCGUCUGAUUUGAGAGAAUGCGUAGCUCAGAGGAACGAAGCGUAUUUACCUCAAUACAUUAGAGAAAAGGCAAGGGAAAGAGCCGGUGAAAUUAUGAAAGAGAAUGCAGAAAAACUAGCCGAACACGCUUUCUAUGUUUCCAGGGCACUUGAAGCCGAGUGUGUCACUAAGAUACUCGCGAUACCCGACCACGAGGAUGACCGUCGCAAACAAGAGUUUGCUCAAGAAUACGCAUCAGUUUUCAUGAACAGCUUCACCGGCACUAUUGACCUUCGUUCAUUCACUUCUGCUCGGGAAAAUGCACGUAGCUUAAGAGCUAAGACUAACGAAUACUUUGAAGAGAUUAUUCGCCGGAUUACGCAAGAGAUGGAAGAUACAUAUACAAUCAAGUUUGCACACGGUGUCGAAAAUAACGACAAGUGCGAACAGGAAUUUCGAUCGCAGUGCCAGGAAAAGCUCAAUAGAUGGAUCGAAAUGGAAAAUGACGCUAGCAAAUACGACUUAUUCAAUGCGCGGAAUUUGACCCGUGAGCUCGCGAGUAUAUCUGAGAGGGAGUUAAUGUCGAUGCAAGGCCUAGAUAUGAUUGAACUCCUUGAACGGAGAAAUAACAUCAAUGAUACUGCUAUUGAAGGGAUAGCAACCGCAAUUGUAACCAAUUCGGAAGAGGAUAUAGAAAGAAUUACAAACGAAUGGGCACAGGAGAGAGUACAAAUUCUGGAAUAUUUGUUUUGCGAAAAUACUGUUUUCCUUUGA